AUGAGGACGCAGAACAUCAGGACCCUCUCUCUCAUCCUCUCAAGUAUUUUCUACCUGCUUGUAGGAGCCGCAGGUUUUGACGCACUAGAGUCAGAAGGCGAGAGUUCAAGAAAAAAAGGCGCUGGAGCAGAAGCUGAGCGAGCUGAAGAAAAGUACGAGGACGAUUUCAACGAGAUCUAGUGAGUGGUCCAUCAGACAGAGCCGCAUCGCGCUGGGAGGCAGUGGAAGUUCGUCGGCUCUUUUUACUUUGCCAUCACCGUUAUCACUACAAUUGGUUAUGGCCAUGCUGUUCCAUGCUGUUCCGUGCUGUUCCAUGCUGUUCCGUGCACCAAUGCUGGAAAGGCCUUCUGUAUGUUUUAUGCGCUCUUGGGCAUUCCUCUGACGCUGGUCAUGUUCCAGAGCCUGGGUGAGAGGAUCAACACUUUUGUGAGAUACCUCCUGAGCAGAGUCAAGCAGGGCCUGGGCUUACAGAAGACAGAGGUGUCAAUGGGAAACAUGGUCCUGGUGGGUUUACUAUCUUGGGUAAGCACUUUGUUUGUAGGAGCUGCAGCCUUUUCCUAUUUUGAGGGCUGGAGCUUUUUUAAUGCCUCUUACUACUGCUUUAUCAAACUUACUACCAUUGGGUUUGGAGAUUUUGUAGCCUUGCAGACAAAAGAUGCGCUCUAGAAGCAACCUACCUACGUGGCAUUUAGCUUCAUGUACAUUCUAGUUGGGCUGAUGGUCAUCGGAGCAUUUCUUAACCUGGUGGUGUUGAGGUUUCUCACUGUAAGCUCAGGUGAGCUUGAUGGGAGCUCCACUGCAGGGGAAGAAGAGCAGGAGUACAGGGAGAUUGUGGACACUGGAGAAGGAACUGCUGAGGACCUAUGUAAGGAUGAUGAAGAUGAACUUAGCAGGCUUACCUUUCCCAUGGAGGAUUGCAACAGCUUUGUCAGCCUCCUGUCUUCUCCUGCAGAGGAGCACAGACCUAUUAUACCCAAGAAUGCAAACCUGCCUGAACCCAGCAGACUCCAGGCUUUGUUCCUUUGCAUGCGCUGUUGCAUGGACGUUUACAACAGCGCCUCUCAGUCCCACUGUGACCAGACAAGCAACCCUGUCUUUUACAGUACCAUCUCCUACAGAGUGGACCAGGCCCCUUGCAGCUUCUACACCGUGUCAUCACAAACCUCCCCCAGCAGCGUGGCACUCUGUCUGGGCAAGAACAAUUCUCACAGCAGGCGGAAAUCACUCUGA